UUUAAGUUAGUGGGCUUAGACUGCGCUAUUCGUCACAUUGUCCGCUUACAGCAAAGUCUGAUAUUAUAGUGUACCUGUCGCAUAGUGUACGGCAAACCCAUGCCACCAUCCUGCUACAAGAUGUUGAGUGGGGCAAUCAUACUUAUUGUCAUGAUUCAGGAGGUUCCACUUAUUCAAGGUCAGCCAGUUACCCGCAGCCCGCUAGUUGCAAUCAUCAGUGGAACCCGUAUAGUCAACAACGAUCCUACUAACAAUACGUAUGGAAGAGUGGAGGUCCAGAUAAAUGGUACCUGGGGAACUGUAUGUGAUGAUCAAUGGGAUUAUCUAGACGCAGGAGUCGUUUGUAGAAUUCUCGGAUUCCAUUUUGGUGGGUUAGCGGAGAGAAAUGCCGUGUUUGGACAAGGAACCGGACCAAUAUGGUUAGAUGACGUUCAGUGUGUUGGCACUGAAACCAACCUGGACCAAUGCAAAUUGAAUACUUUCAUCGGUUUAGGGAAUUGUAAACACAAUGAAGAUGCCGGUGUAAUAUGUUUUACUGAACCUGGUCACAACCCAAACCCUGGUGGUGGUAGCCCUGUUGACCCUCUUAUACCAGUGAUGAUACCAAACUGUGCUCCUGCUAUUGAUAUAAUCCGUCUUCAUACACCGGUUGGUGCUGCUCAUCGUGGUCUGGUGGAAGUCCGACAUAAUAAUACAUGGGGCUACGUCUGUGACAAUUCCUGGGACAAAGUAGACGCCGAAGUCGCUUGUCGGAUGCUUUGUUAUGCAAAUCAACAGCUAAAUGCUCAUCCCGAGUUUUUACUGAAUUACACCGUUAUCCCCAGGUCGAAUCCCAUCAUCUUGAGUGAAGUGAGUUGUACUGGUAGUGAAAACAGCAUCAACAACUGCCAACACGAUCCCUAUUAUCAACAUAACUGUGGACGGAAUGAAAUUGCGCGUUUAUCUUGCGCACCACCGGAAGGGCCUAAGGGAAAUCCAUUGCCUAGAGUCAUUUGUACCACAGAUGAAAUUCUGGUCGAGUUUGAUAGAUCUAAGGACCCUAAUCUCAACGUACAACAUUUGACUUUUGCGGAUCCAAGUUUCCAAAGGCUACCUGGAUGUAACUUUGUGAAGAGUGCAACUCCUCGUUAUAUUAAUUUGCGGAUACCUUAUAAUAACUGUGGUACAAAUGUGACAGGUAAUGCGACUCAUAUAACCUACUUCAACACCCUCAUGUACGGUGUGACACAACCAGCUAUUGCCGGUGGCAUCAAACAAAGAUCGGAUUCAUACAAUAUAAAGGUUGCUUGCUGCUUGCCACGAAACCAAACAGUUUUCAGAAAUGUCACCAAUAUGGAAUUGACUCAGAUGGUGAAAAAUGUCUCUCGGUUUAUUGUGAAUAUGACCAUAUUUACCGAUUCAUCGUAUAGAAUCCCAGUACCAGCAUACCCUGCCGUGUUCCAGUUGGGGGAGUGGGUUCAUGUUGAUGUCGAUUUCAAGACGAACGAUACAAGGUUGCGUCUUCUGGUACCAAACUGUGUUGCUACACCGUCUACAGACCGAAAUGAUCCUACCAGAUGCCCUUUAAUCGAGGAAAAUUGUCCUGUUGAGAAAACAGUAACUACAGUUUCCUUGUCUGACAAAAGGGCAGGGUUCCGCUACCGGUCCUUCAGGUUUGUCAACUACCCAUUGGUUUACCUCCACUGUGAGGCAUUUAUCUGCAUCAAGACUGAGCGACCUUGUGACCGAACCUGUAACGCCACCAUAACCAGAGGGCCAUUCGGACGGCGACGGAAGAGAGACAUAGAAUUAAAUACCAUCUUCUACGUGGACGGUCCACCCAUGCAGAUCAACAAAGUUAACCAAAGCCAAGGCAUCAUUGAAAGAUUGGGUGACAAUGGCCGACCCACUGAAGUUCCAAUGGAUCAAAUCCCUCCUGAAAUACUGUCACCAACAACCAGAAACCCUCUUGAUGGACCCCCGAUGCCCGACUUACCGGAGUCUGUAGCAACCGUGGAGGUGACACCUGUUAAGGAAAAUGGGACAUUGUCUGACAUCAAUGUAACUCGUACAGUCGUUGAAACAAACAAACCAGUGAAGACGGAUAUUUGGAUAGAAUUUCCGUCCAAUCAGCAGAAGAAUGUACCAAUCGUCAAAUCGGACCGAGGUACUUUUAAUCAGGUAUCAAAGAAAGAGGAGGUGCUGGUCAUCGGUUUGCAGGGUGGUGUAAAUAACGCCCCUCUUCCCACACCUCACCCCCUAACACCCCUUGCCUGCUUGAUUGAAGUCUCGAUCUCGAUCUUGAUUCAGAGAUUGUAUUAAGUUUUAGAUGCUGCUGGCGUCACCUUUUAUAAUUAUCAAAUUUUUUUGGACUUUUCAGGGCUAAUGUAGGGAAGGUGUUAAUCCUGUCGUCCGUUUUAUAAUAUUUUGGAUUUUUGGGGGGCUAAUUUAAAGAAAGUGAAUAUUUUGUAAUAUUUUAGGCUUUUCCGGGCUAAUAUAAAAAUAAGGUGACUAUCCUGUCUUCCGGUUUUUAAUAUUUUGGACAUUUCUGGGCUAAUGUAAUGAAGGUCUAAACCCUGUCGUCCGGUUUGUAAUGAUCUGUAACUUGAUACACAAAUUAUAAAAGGAUUAAUAAAUUGAUUUGGAUUUACAUGUACAUAUUUGUAUAAAGUGCCCCACAAGUAGUGAUAUUAAUUGUGAUAUUGAUAGUUAACCACAAGUAGUGAUAUUAAUUGUGAUAUUGAUAGUUAACCACAAGUAGUGAUAUUAAUUGUGAUAUUGAUAGUUAACCAUGAGGUAUAUAUUGUUAGUUUAAAAGAUGCAUUAAAUACGAACUAGGUCUGUCUAUAAAAUGUCUACUCAAUGGCUUCAAAUAUUCUAUAAAUUAUUUUUUUGACAUUUAUUAAUAUGACAGGUUUAUAAUCAACUUUCUAAACCAUCGGAUGGACGAGGUUGAAAUGGAUUUAAACAUUUAAUAAAAUGGAAAAUCGAGGAAAAGUCUCGGUUGGCAAGAACCCUUGCGACGAUCAUGAACGAUCUACGCUAUAUCUUCGAACUGUCGUAACUUCGCGCAGAAAAAUGUAGUUGGAAUAAAGUUUUCAAUAUAUUCAUAUUUCAUUAUCUAUUUUUGAACUGAGAGAGAGAGAGAGAAAUGGGGUUUAACGUCCACACGACACAAACUAGGUCAUUUCGGUACUAACAUAUGGUUUAAUUUUUAUUUCAAUACUUCGCUUGCGCAUAGGGCUCUUUAGCAGUGGGAGGAAACCAGAGGACCCGGAAAAAACACACGAGGUUGCACAGGCGACCCUACUCCUUGUCACAUACAACCGGGGAUUCGAAACCACGCCAGUCGACUCAAUGACAGACUUUAUGAUACAGCCAUCCAACUCCCCUAUUUUUGAACUAUUAUAGCAAGAGCAGUCAGCUCUUUAUCUAAAUAUAAUAUAAUACAGAGACUAUCUAAAUCCUACAUAAUACAUCUUUAAUAUAAUACAGAGACUAUAUAAAUCCUACACAAUGCAUCUUUAAUAUUUGUAUUUUUUGUUAACACGUAUAUUUUGAUAUAAUAUUAUAUAGUUUUCCAUUUUAAUGUCGAGGUAUAUUUAUUAGUCACGCGUGUCGGUUCAAUAUUCUUGUCGACGCAAAAAUGAAAUGAAAUGGGGUUUAACGUCCUAUAUUCUGCUACGAAUGGACCAAUGAGGACGGCGUACGUCAUGCAGUUUGCUACGAAUGGACCAAUGAGGACGGCUUACGUCAUGCAGUUUGCCACGAGGGAAAUUUUGUUGCGUCGCUACGUCCUAUUCCUUUGCGUGUACGCCAAUGUGUACCCGGGGCCUCAGUUUUUCAUCCCACCGUACGUCUGGGCGCUGUCAUUGUCAGACCGUUUCAGAUAUUAUACAUGUUAUUAUGAAAAUAAGAUAUUCACCAAACUCUUUAUUGUAACACUUUUAUUUAUAUAAUGUUCCGGGUUUUUUUUUAAAAUGUAUUAUAUUAUUAUCAUUAGUAUUGUUGUCCGCCCCGAAUAGUUACAAUUUUAUAUAUAUCGCCUAGCGACCAAUAGUUACAAUUAAAAUAUGGCGGUCGCGUAAUGAUAUCUUGUAAAGUCCUGAUCGAUUUUAAGUAUUGAUACAAAGAUAUAAACAAAUAAAUCCUAUUUUGUUAAAAACAAAAACCUACUUAAACAUACAUUAUCCAAGAGGUAAAUUUGCUUAUUGCAGGUCUUUCUUUAGGCUUGAAAUUUUAUCUAAAUUAUCAAUUAUACAUUAAUUAACUUCUCCAGACCGUACUCAACUCGCGGUGUGAUCGCUAGCCUGCGAUAUUUAUUGGAUUAAAAUCCGAUCUGCUGCUCAACGCUCUUUGAUGAUUAAAUUAAAAUAUGGAUAAUCGAAACUAUAUAUUCAUCGUACCGACUUUAGUAAUGAUGAUCGAGCCUAGGCCCAAAUUUCAUUCGCUAAAUUCUCAGUUCAGAGUGGAUCAAUUUGACUGAAAUUUUCAGUAAAUUCCCUUUACAUUAUCUUGUUUUUAACUAUUAUAGUGAGUUCUGCCAGCUAUUUAUCUAAUCUCCCAUAAUGUAUCUUUAAUAAGCUUAUGUGAUAGUUUUAUUUUUUUAUAUAUAAUUGUUAUGUUUGAAAUGUUAUUUGUUAAUUUUGUUGUUGCUGGUUUUUUAUAAACAUAUCGUUAUACCAUGACAAGAUAAAACUCUGGGACGCCAUUGGUUGAGAUAUUGAAGGAUUGUUAAUUAGUCGCGAUUGUACCACUGUGAAUAUAGGGGAGAUCAGUCAUCCAAACUGUGUAGUAGAGACGAAGACUACAAUGGUUUACGUAGUCACGAUUAGAUGUUGAUUGACAGCUGUCAGAUAGUGUUAGGGCGGGGUAUACGUCUUCAUUUCCGCAUAAACGUAUUAGUAUUCAUAUCCUAAGGACCAAUGAUACGCUCCGAUGUACAUGCAGCAUCUAUCUGCCCAGCAGCUCUCGUAAGUUUCAAGGAAGAAAUUGGAAAGAUGCCAGUAAUUCGUUCUUGUUAAUUAUAUGAUUUGUCUUUUCGCUAAACGUACUUUGAUAUUUGUAAUAUACCUCAACAAGGUAAUGUGACGCGGCAAUUUGGUAUAGUUCGUUUCCAAAUUAGAUUUUCAUGCUUAUUUUAGAUAUUUUACAUCAUGGCAUGCCAUUUUAAAUAUUAUUUUAUUCAUAUCGAUAAAAAUGAAUUCGAUCGUCUAUGUGGUAAUAAUUUAUCGAUCUAGAUAAUUAUUUAAGAAAAACAACACUUUUGUAUUUUUGAUGUGCUCAAUCACUCAAUGCCAUUUAAGGAUGACGUCAUUCUAAAUACAAUUCAAGGAUGGUGACAUUCUAAAUUCCAUUCAAGGAUGACGUCAUUCUAAAUGCCAUUCAAGAAUGAUGUUAUUCUAGAUAAAUAUAUUGAUAUCUGACAGAUUCUGUGAUAAUAAAAUAGUAUUUUCGAUAUUUAGCAUACAUUUUUUGUAAUUUAUUGAAAAUAAAUACCAUAAGUUAUUAUUCCA